AUCGCCCCUCCUAUCCGGUUCCGGGUCAGGGCAGUGGUGGGGCCGGGAGGCGUUGGGGUCUCUCCGCUGCCCCGGGCGACUCGGAGCCGCCGCCUGGAAGGGUUUAUUCCCCGUUCGUUAUGCCCAAGUUUCUUCAGUGGAAACUACCAGGGUAGCUCUUCUCAUCUAACUCCUUAUAUCUAAGACAAGAGGUUCUGGCUCACCAGGAGUCCGUAUUAGCUACUGAGGCAAGGCUGAGGAUGGAAGGUGUUGAAUUUAAGGAAGAGUGGCAAGAUGAAGACUUUCCAAGGCCCCUACCAGAGGAUGAUAAUGUUGAAGCAGAUAUACUAGCUGCAGCUGGUCGACAAGGCCCACAUGAAGUGAAUGGAAACAAAUUUAGGAAGAAACUAAUGGCUCCAGAUAUUAGUUUAACACUGGAUCACAGCGAGGAAUCGGUAUUGUCUGAUGACUUAGAUGAGAGUGGGGAGGUCGAUUUGGAUGAUUUAGAUACUCCAUCUGAGAACAGUAAUGAGUUCGAAUGGGAAGAUGAUCUUCCAAAACCAAAAACUACUGAAGUAAUUAGAAAAGGAUCGCUUCCUGAAUACACUGCUGCAGAGGAGAAAGAUGAUGGGCGACGCUGGCGUAUGUUCAGGAUUGGAGAACAGGAUCACAGGGUGGACAUGAAGGCAAUUGAACCCUAUAAAAAGGUUAUCAGCCACGGAGGUUAUUAUGGUGAUGGGUUAAAUGCGAUCGUUGUGUUUGCUGUUUGCUUUAUGCCUGAAAGCAAUCAGCCUAACUACAGAUAUCUAAUGGAUAAUCUAUUUAAAUAUGUUAUUGGCACUUUGGAACUGUUAGUAGCAGAGAACUAUAUGAUAGUUUACUUAAAUGGUGCUACAACACGGAGAAAAAUGCCAAGUUUAGGCUGGCUCAGGAAAUGUUACCAGCAAAUUGAUAGAAGGUUAAGGAAAAACCUGAAAUCGUUAAUAAUAGUUCAUCCUUCUUGGUUUAUCAGAACACUUCUGGCCAUCACAAAACCUUUUAUUAGCUCAAAAUUCAGCCAAAAAAUUAGAUAUGUCUUUACCCUGGCAGAGCUAGCUGAACUCAUCCCCAUGGAAUACGUUGGCAUACCAGAAUGCAUAAAACAGUAUGAAGAAGAAAAGUUUAGAAAGAAACACAAAAGAAUUGACCAAGAGCUUGAUGGGAAACAAGAACAGAAAAGUGAACAGUAAGUUUGGUGUCCAGACAAGACUGAAGACUGUGCAGGUGGAAUGAUGCUCUUUUCUGCAGUUACAAUGCAUUCAUUAGCCUUUAUUAUGUAACCUGUUAUAAAAGGUGCCUUGAUAUAUCUCUGGACUUGUACACAAGGGACUGUUCUCUACAGUAUUGAUUUGCAAAUCUCGGGUUUAAUUCUUGACUUUAAUAGCUACUUUACCAUGUAAUCAUUUUAUACUGCUAAAUGUCAAAGAACCGUAUGUUUAUAGGAGGCAUUCUUGCAAUUAUCUAAAUGAUGCAUGUUCUUCAGUAAAAUAUUUAUAUACCUAAAUGUUAAAGGAAAGAGAUAAUAUAUUUUUAUGACUUCUUGAGCAAUAUUUUAUUAUGUUUACCUGCAAAAUGAAUUCUUUUGCAGAUAGACAAGGCCAUAAAUGAGUGCUGUCGUUAUUUUGUAAAGUGCAUGAUGAAUGUUUUUUGCUGUAAAUAGUUAAUACAUUUCCUGAGUGAUUUAGAAACCUAAUGAUUUUUAUAUGCUAGUGUUCACAUAGUGCAGUUGUGUCUCAUAAAUGUGAAGAUGAACAAAAAUGAUUAUGUAUCUAAUACAAGUAGAACUCAUUUACACUCCCAGAAUGAGUUUGAGCUUUGGUUUGUCUUUGUUUUUCUUCAACGUACAGAUUUGUAGCUCUGUGAAUUUCAGCUUAUUGGCUACCACCUUUUAGCCUAGUUAAGCCAUACUGGGGACUAAAUAGUUCAAAUGACUAAUAGCAUAAUGAGCUUUUCACCAUUAGGUCACUAGUUUAAAUUCUGCUCAGGUGUUUAGUAGAUAAAAGCUGUCUAGUCAGUGAUCAGUGUGAAAUGAGCUCAGUCCUGUUACUCUUGGAUGAGUGUCAGUUGGCACUAACUGAACCUCUGUUCAGUCUCAGCAGACACACAAAGAAUUGCCUGGGCAUGGAGCUGAACUGUCCUUUCAACCAUAAAAGUUAUCCAUUCAGGCCAAGAUUGAAGUACCCUGGAGAGGAGGUGUGGAAAAUCUUGCACUGCCUUUACUUUGUAGAUGGAGAUCUUCCAUCUCCAGUGUUAUCUGGCACUUCUCACAAGCACUAAAUUCACUUUAAAGAAUGUAAUGAGUCUGGUUUUUUGCUGUAGUUAUUCAAGAUAUGUCCACACGUUUUCACUUGGUGUUCUUGGGCACAUAAAUUGACUUUCGUAGGUUCUAUUAGCAUAGCUAAAUUAUACUAUGUUCUGGGUGAAUCAUGUAAUGAAAACAUGUCAAACUUUUAAAAUCUUCUAUUUGGUAAUCAUGCCUAUUUUGCCUAUUGGUGUAUGCAAAUAAAUCCAUUCAGAAGUUAAACAUUUAAGUGACAUUGAAACAAGCAUUAAAUGUUUUCAUUUCUGUU